GGUUCGUGUCUUUAUAACGAUUGAGCCACCGGACAGACAGUAGGCCUACCGUUAUCCUUCCAGCGGUGUCUGUUGUGAGGGUGUUCAGUGGGGUCACACAUUGAGCCUUUUGUGGUCGUAAAGGGUUCAAGUUUGUUUCCCCCGUUUGCACUGACUGUUUUUUUUCUGUGGAGAAGAUGGCUCGGGUUCUGCAUUUAUUGCCAUGGCUUUUGAUGGUUACUGUGAUGACUUCAGGUCAGGGGCGAUACAAGCACAUAAAAGGUCUCCGCUCUCAGUGUCUUGGAAAUAUCAUGCGUGUAACUUUGGAUAAAUCCCUUGCCAUUGGAAACCGUUUGGAAGUUGAUGUCCUCAAUGGCAGCAGCUACAUGGCCGUCUCCCCAGCGAUGGCAUCCCAAUGUGGCUACAGCAUGCACUCGGACCCCUGGGGCAACACCAGGCUCUACAGCACCGCCAUGGCCUGCCAUGUUGAGAAUCGGGAUGACGAGGUGUUUUCUGGUGGACUGCGUCUGCGGCUGUACGGUGAGCAGGGGACUGACGAGGACGCCCAUGAGGUCAGCAAGACGUGCCGCUACGACCAGUGGGCCGACCGCGAGAUCAUUUGCCAGAGAAACUUCAUGGAGGUGUCUGUGAACAGGCUGCCGCCUCCAAUUGAAGAGGGAAAAGACGUGAUGAUGGGGGCGAAGACUGGAGACGACCAGCUGACUGGGGCCGGCCAAGAGCCGGUGACGUCUGCCAGUAACAUCUGGAGGAUGGUGUUCUUCACCCCUAAAGAGAAGUCCAUGUCCCUGUCUGAUGCCCAGCGAGCUGGAUAUGGGGUCGGCACCUCCCCCACGAGACUCUUCUUCCGAACCCCCUACAACAACUCCGAGACCUACUCUGAAAACGUUGCGGGAGUUCAAAUGAGGGUUGUGAAGGUCACCACCUAUUUCAAGGACAUGUGGUCUGUGACUAUGCUGGACACGGCUGCAGCCUGCCCCACAGGUGGCACCCAGUUCAGUGAGCAGAGCAUCACCUGGUUCCUCCCGCGCCACAUCUACCCUCUCCUGGCCGGCCACUCGUCCGACACCCUGGAGGUCUACAUGGGUAUUGCAGCCGAGCGGCUCAGCGACCAGGAGAUGAGCAGCAGGGGCUACAUCAUGGCCGUCACCGACUCCCACAUCACCGUCCAACUGCCCGUGGGGGGACCCGAUGGCUUCUACAAGAGCCAUGCCCCUGGUUACGAAUACCACAUCACCUACUCUAUUGAGCCGAUGCUGGAGGUGCUGUGGAGGGAGGAAGACCAGCUGACGAGAUACAAGGUCCUGUACCCCAUCACCACCCCCGCCAUGCCCAGACCCCCCCACCUCUGGGACGAUACGGUUGCUGAGGAGCGCAUCUUUGACCUGACCCUGGGCACCUUCCUUCACGACGUGCAGCUGGUGAACUUGACCUUCACUACAGGGGUCAUGAAUAUCGAGGAGGCAAACUCCCGUGGCUUUAACGUCCAGGAGCAUCGCUUCCCCAACGCCUCCAAGACAUUCACGCUCCAAGUGCCCUUCGAUGACCCUGUGGUUGCUAAAAGCCAUUUCGAUCGGGACUCCACAACCUACACGCUGCCUCUGACGUUCGGCUUCAUGAUCCUGCCGGAGCUCACUCCCUUCUCCCACUCAGUAGUGCUGGACGCAUCUCUUCAGGAUGUUGUUUUUCCUGUUGUGACGGGCACCUGUGACGACGAGGCGUACUACGUUACUGUGGCAUAUGGUUCACAGGGUAACAAGCUGAAGACUGUUGUGGGCAAGCGUGAGUUGACCUCUGAGCUGGCCAAGGAGUACGGUGUCCGUGACAACGCCACACACAUGACCAUGAGGGUGCCCUUCCUGUCGCCAGACUCCGUCUUCACGUUUGUGAUCCCCUUUGCUGCUGGCGGCCGGCUGGACAUGAAGCUGCUGGAGCCCACUAACCUGUGGAGCCUCAACGACUUCUCUCUGGGAUGCACCUUCCCCAUGCCCCUAACUGAGUGCCAUGCCAAUGGGACCAUGACGGCGUUGGCCCUGAAGGUGGAGUCUGUCCCGGACCUGGUGCUGGAGCAGCUGACCCUGAGGGACACCUCCUGCAGGCCGCUCUUCACCAACGACCGCUUCGCCUCCUUCGCUUUCCCCGUCAACAGCUGUGGAACCACCAGGAGGUUUGUGAAUGGCAUGGUGGUGUAUGAGAAUGAGAUCAGCGUGGCUGGUGGCAAUCAGAAGCAGAUCAUCCCAUUGGCUCAAAAGAAGAGUGGCAAGAAGGCCCAGCCACCAUACAGACUCACCAUCUCGUGCUACUAUGAGGACUACGACUUCAAGAUGCUGGCCUUCGUGCCCUCGGCUCGCCAGUUCAGCCGCACGCCCAUACACGGCAUGGGGGAGAUGAAGAUGCAGAUGAAGCUGGCCACAGAUGCGUCGUACUCCUCGUUCUACAUGGCGGAGGACUUCCCCGUUGUGGAGUACCUGAAGCAGCCGCUCUACUUUGAGGUGGAGCUGAUUGGCUCAGAGGACCCCGAGCUGGUCGUCUUCCUGGAGAACUGCUGGGCCACCCUGGGGAGGGACCGCCUCUCGACUCCCCGCUGGGACCUCAUUGUGGACGGGUGUCCAAACAACGAUGACAGCUACACGACCACCGUUCUGCCUCCAGCCGCCGGGCUUCAGAACCCUUCUCACGUCAAACGUUUUGAGAUGAUCAUGUUUGCAUUCAUGCAAAACGACACCGUGGUCAAAGACCAGAUCUUCGUCCACUGUGAUGCCGCCAUUUGUGAUAACAAUAGACAGACGAGCGGCCUGUGCUACAGGGACUGUUCCAGUUACCCAGGACCCAUGCGGGGACCCACGCGGCCAGACGGCAAGAGCAAAGGUCAAAGUGGUGUCCAACUUCCCUCUUGGUCAAAAAAGCAGCAACUCUCUUCUGGUUGGAUCAGUAUGUCACGGUGACAAAGACUUGGCUUGAACGGAAAUGGACUGGCUUUGAAAUGAAUAAACGGACUGUUGUCUUAACAACA